GGUCAAGAAACAGCUGCUGCAAUGGAUACAAGUAAAGAUGGUAAACGGUCCUAUUCAUGUCGGAGCGCCCUGUCGAAGAAGUUGGUUCCUUUCCUGAACAGGGAAGAACUUACAGACAUCCAUGUCAAGGUUGGUCAACGAACAUUCGCUGCUCAUCGGCUCGUGCUGGGUUCCUGGAGCGAUGAAUUGGCAAAUCUGAUUAUGACUGCUUCUCCUGAUAACGUCAUAGAGCUCACUCAAGAUGCCACCGACAAGGAGAUCGAGGUUUUUGAAACGGUCUUGAAUUUCCUCUACACGGGCGAGAUGAGUUUCUCAUCGGGCAACGUGAGAAUGGUGAUGAGUCUGGCCAAUAGACUGGGACUCAAGAAGUUGGGCGAUAUGGCUCAGGACUGGGUAGGAGACAUGAUAAACCAAGGGAGUAUGGUCGGCGCCAUUACGUGGUUGAGGGAUACAGAUGAAUACGACUACGUUUCCUUGAAGAACGAUUGCCUGCGUACACUAUCUCUGUACUUCCAGUACAUCCCAAAGGCAUCAUGGUUAGGAUUAAGUCUGAAGGAGCUUUGUAGUAUCCUGGAAAGGAGAGAUCUUGUUGUGGAUAAUGAAUUGGAGGUGAUCACUCGCGUGGAUGAUUGGCUCAAGGCAAAAGGCAGCAUAGAAGAAAACAAGGAUCUUUAUCUCGAAAUAGUCCCCAAAAUUCGAUUUCCUUUAGUUGAAAUAUCCCAACUUUUGCAUCUCAAAGAGGCUUCACCAAUCGUCAAAUUUGCAACUGACUAUUUCCCUUCGAUUUUGAAUGAGUCGUUCAAGUACAGAGCUCUCUCCAUCGAGGUAGGUCUGACUGUCUCCAAUGCCGAUAGCCGAGGUAGCCAUCUUCAAGCAAGUUACGCUUUUCUCAAGAAAUCAGACUUUGAACCACGACUGUACCUGAACUUCGUUCCACCUGGAAAGGUUAUAAGCAGCUCUAAUCGCUCUCAAAGAUCACAGCGUCAAAAUGGUUGCUUUAAAGAGAUCAACAUCGAUGCUUACAAAACCGAGAUGAAGUGUGAGGUCAGGGGUGCCACCGGAGCUUGGUCACUGGAAACUGGAUCCCGAUUCUUCAGUUUCGUGCUGAGGCUGGAGCCUAUCCAAAUGGGAGACACGGAAGCCUGGGGCGUGAGAUAUGAGAUCACAUCAAGCAAAUCGUAUCAAUCCAAUGCAAGUUACGUAAUGGUUCUUGUAACAAGGCCUCAGGACAAAGACUCCGACUUCUACCUACCUGAGAACCCCAUAGUGAUGACGAAAGAAGGUUCUUUGAGCAAGGUAUCAGGUAUCAGUCCUUCAGAUACUAUCAGUGUUUCCACUCAGCCGAUCUUUGCUGGAAGAAAGCCAAAGAAAGUAGAAGUUGCAGCCAUUGUGUAUUUGAUGAUGUCGGAACCCUCCGACCCCGGAGUGGAAGGACCAGGGGUGGAUAGUGGUGAGUCGGAUUAGAUAACCAGGGGGGAUGGUGGUAGAGCUCGGAGUAAACUUAAUAUAGUAGCCCUGGGACGAUAUCAAAUCUAUGCACAAAGUUCGAUCAUCCUGCCUUCAGAUUUAAAUUAAAUUACAUAAUUCGAGUGUAGGCCUUCAUUUCUUUCAGCUCUGAUAAAGAACAUCAAGAUGAUGAUAUCCCAAUGUUAGAAUCAUGACUAUCCAUUCUUGGAUGUUCCAACAUAAGAUAAUGCUUAAUGAUAGAAAAACAGAGUUACGCAUUGUUGGAACAUCCAGACAAGUUUCAAAGCUAGGUGUUGAUCAUAAUACCAGUUGGAGACUCGGAAGUGAAACCGUCAAGCUCUGUGAGAAAUCUGGGUGUAUUGCUUGACUCUCGUUUAAACAUGGAGAAACACAUAUCUAACACAUGUAAAUCUGCCUUUUGUAUGUUAUACAAUAUCCGUCACAUUCGUAGAUACUUAGACCGGAAAAACUCAGAAAGCCUUAUCCAGGCUUUUAUUAGCAGUAGGCUUGAUUUUUGCAAUGACUAUUGUUUGGCUUGCCAGAUUCACAAAUAAUCAAGUUGCAGCGUGUUCAGAAUACUAGUGCAAGACUUGUGUCUAAUUCCUCAAUUGUUUUCCAUAUUACAUAUGUUUUGAUUGAGUUACAUUGGUUACAAAUAAGGUACAGAAUUGAAAUCAAAAUACUUUUGCUUGUUAACAAAGCAUUGAAUGGUCAAGCCCAAAUUAAUUGUCUGAAUUAUUUUCUUUUAAAUAAUAUCCAUACGUGAAGUUGACAGGACAA